AUGACUUCAAUAUCUCAAGAUCGAUCUUUUGAACAAUCAUUAAAUCAAUUUAUUGAUAAUAACAUAGAUCCUAAAUUUUUAUUUGAUUUAGAGGAUCCAGGUUGUAGAUUGGUCUCUCCUAAAUCAUUAAACGAGUCACCGUCUACUGACAAAUCUUCGAAAACAUUAAAUAUGUUAAAUGAUAUAAAGUCAGCUCUAAAUGAUGCUACUGAAUAUUCAAAAUCUAUUGCUCAACAAUAUGGAUCUAACUCUUCUUCAUCUAAAAAUUUAGUAGAUCGCAAUGCACCGACUAGUAAAAAUGAUAUACUCGAACACGCCGAGUCGGUUAUAGAAUACCAACGUGAGAGGAUAAAUAUAUUGGAAAAGACUCUUCAAAAGUACAAUAUCGCAAUCACAAAGACUGCAGAAUUACACAAAGAUGAAUUGGACGAGUAUGAGAAAAAAAAUAAAGAAAUGCGCGUCCAGAUGCAAACGGUUAUUUCAGACUACGACGCAAUCAGUAAGAGGUACAAGAUGGAUAUGGAAAAUUAUGAAACUCUAAAGGGUAAAAGCUUAAAGUCGGAUUAUGAGAUAUUGAAGAAAGAUAAACAAAUAAAUGAGCUUGAGAGGAAGUUGGAAUUGUACCCAAAGGAGAAUGAUCUUCUCAGGUCUCAGAACAAUGAUUUAAUGAAUGAAGUUAAAGCGCUUAAAAAUGAACUGUUUCCACCGAUGAAAUCUUGGCAAAGAGACUUAGAUAGAGCUCCUACUGAGCACGUUAUGACACACGAGAAUCAGCAAUUUAAACCCAGUGGAGCUAAAUUGAAUGACCAAUAUAAGCCAAUUGACAUUGCUAAGCCACAUGUACUGUGUGACGUGAGGAAGCAGGAGACUGCAGCGAUGGGAAGAUGCCUUAUGCAAGUCGAGAAUGACCUAUCGACAUACAAGAGGCUCUAUGAUGACCAAAGGUCAGAGAUACAGAGGCUUAAUAACCUUUUGAACACGAAAGGGAAUAAGGAAAUGUACCACGGAUGCCAGUACUUUGGGUCUCACAAGCAGCUUAUGAACCUGAGAGACCUCUAUAUAAGCAUGAUGAAGACCUCAACCCAGGUGUCUCAGGAAAAGAAGGUUAAGGUAGAAGAAACGCAAACUAGCGAAGACAGGUCGCUACACGCAGCGUACAUGCUCAAGGCAAACGCUGAGCAGAGGGAGAUGUACGACAAGCUGCUGGAAGUUGUGAAGAACGUGAUAUCAGUGAAGUCCUCCUCAACAAGUUUCUACAGAUGCAAGACGGACUACUGUAAGCUCGUAGAGCUGAACGAGUUUGACCUUAACACGAAGUUUAGAAAAAUGCUGAUAGAAGUGGACGACUCGAAGCUGUUGGUGCACCAGCUCGAAGAUGACCAAAUAGUGCAAACUGACAUUGUGGCGCAGGAGAACCUGAGGGCAGUGAGAACAGACUACAAGAAUCUGCAGCUGAUUCUGAAGGGAGAACACUACCACGUGUUCAGAUUCGACACUUCUGACGCGUACAACAGGUUCUACUACGCACUUCAGUACGCAGGCUUCCUAGUCGACGACAGUAAGCUGUCAAUAUACUCGAAGGUGGACCUUAAUUACCUAAGCUCUGAGGAAAAAUGGCCUCAAGAUCUUGUGCCAGUGCUGUUUUCAAAGGUGGUAACAAUAAACACUUACCAGUACAACCAGAAGCUUAUUCAGAAUUACAACAUGGUCAUGUCAAAUGUGCAGAUUGGCAUGUCUCCCAUGGGAAAAGCAGACCACGUGUUACCAAACCAGAACAUGGAGCUACACAUGAACAGCCUCUUUGAAAACGUAAACGUAAUCUCUGAAUUUACCCCAAGCUUGCUCUACUACGAUCAGAACUCGAACCUAUUGGUGCUUUACGGGCCAAACUUGGCCAAUAAGCCGAAGGUGGUAAACCCAGCAAAUACAUACAAGUUUAAAAUACUUAAUGACCUGGAAUACUCGAACGUGACCAAAUAUCAAGAUGAGGGAGAAGAGGACUACGUAGACUUUUACCAAGUUCCCUUUGCAACGUUCCCCAACGGAGAGCCAGUGAUGGAGCACUUUAACCCUCAACUGACAAACUACUCACUGGUUUCACUGAAGAACACGCAACAUGACAUUAAUCAGCUCAACGGGAGAUUCGGUCAAAUGGCUAAUUUGAAUCCUCACAUGGCUAUGCAAAGUCCAUCUAGUUACACUAAUUCAAUGGGUAAUGCGAGCCCAUACAACUUUAAUAAUCCAAUGAACAUGGGAUUUGCCGACUACGAAUUUGAAGUAUACUAUCUGCUCCCACUAACUCCGAGAUAUAAUGAUCAGUUGUCUAAAUUGAUUAAUAAGAUGGAUUUCCUUAGACUCAAGUUGACCAGUCCAGAUAUGGGAGACGAGCAACUAACAGAUGCAAAAGAUUCUUCUAAAUUCUACAACUUCGUAGACGGAGCACUCAAGAUCUCUUUCGCGGGAAUAGGAGCGGUGACGUUCCCGUGCUCAGAAACACGAUUCAAGUGCAACUCAGACACGCUUAUGAUAACAAUAGUUCCGUCGUCUGCACAUAAAGAGGGAUCUACUUCUUACGCAUUCGCAGUAUCGUCUUUAGAAUCAUUCAGAGACUUCGUAGAGGAUGCAGAAAGAAACGGAAUGAAACUUAUUUUAUCAGAUGAAAGCCCAAGUCAUGAGAAGACGUGUAUAGUGAAGAGAGGGUCCUUGAACAUAUUUGAGAAGGGCCCAAAGGGCGAGUUGCUCCCAUUCUUGUCGUAUAAGGCGGAGGAAACUGACGUUAAGAUUAACAGUAAGAAGAGGUCACUGCACAUAGUUCCGAGAGGAGGAGGAGACCUCGUGCUUAACAUGGACUGCCUCGAGGAGGACAAGUUCAACAAAUGGCUAAUAGCGCUCAAGGUAGGCGGCUUCAUAGCAAGCUCUGAAGGAGAGCCUGAGGUGGCACAGGGAGCGGAGAUGGCAGAGUUUAAGUUCGAAAUCAAGUCGUACAACGAGCAGGACAUGCACGAGAAGAGGUCAGUCAGAGUGCUCAGCGACAAGAUUGUGAUGUUCGGAAAACCGUCUGACCAGAAGCCCAUUUUCAUCUGGGAACGCGCAACGAUGAACGUUGAGAAGCUGGAAAAGCCAAAGAUCAGAAUUGCGCUAAAGAGGAACACGAAGUACGAGGAGUGCUUCGACCUCUCCUUCACAGUGCCCUACCUCUACGACGACACCGUUGACAUGCUCCACAAGCACAACUAUAAGCUCGAGCAGCCGUUCACGAAGAGGAACCUGAGGUGCGGCUACAUCCUAGCUGAGCCCAACGUGAUCAGGAUAUUUAAGUUGAAAUACGAACGCGACCACGUAAUGGUGCUUCGCGUCGACCACUACCAGGAGCCGAAGCUUAAUAUGACUGAGCUAAUGGUGAAGCUUGUGCCUAAUGUGGAGAACAAGCGUCCUGUGAGGAUGAAAUUCAAGAAGCGAGAAACGUUCACCAAGUUCACGACUGCGCUGCGCGUUGCCAACUUCGUGCCGUUCGUUCGAGGCCUGACUCCUAAACUAUACAGGCCUGAAAUAGUAUACGGGUUCGCUUGCCCGGAGGCCAAAGAAAUACUGAAGAACAACAGUAUGUAA